UGAGCAGCGACUAGAGAAGGAUUCAAGCUCGGCGUAGGGGAUUCGGCUUGGGCCUCUGGCUCUGGUCGGCGGGGAGGGAGCGGGCCUGCCCUCUGGGCCCGGGCCCUCCGGAUCCGCCCCCUCCCCGGUCCCGCCCCCUUGGAGCCUUCUCUGGUGCUCUGGGGUUUCGCCCCGGCCCGGAGCCCGCGGUCCGGGCGCCAUGCGGGCAUCGCUGCUGCUGUCGGUGCUACGGCCCGCAGGGCCCGUGGCCGUGGGCAUCUCCCUAGGCUUCACUCUGAGCCUGCUCAGCGUUACCUGGGUGGAAGAGCCGUGCGGCCCAGGCCCGCCCCAACCCGGAGACUCUCAGCUGCCGCCGCGCGGCAAUACGAACGCUGCGCGCCGACCCAACUCGGUGCAGCCUGGAGCCGAGCGCGAGAGGCCCGGGGACGGCGCAGGCGCCGGGGAGAACUGGGAGCCGCGUGUCUUGCCCUACCACCCUGCACAGCCUGGCCAGGCAGCCAAAAAGGCCAUCAGGACCCGCUACAUCAGCACGGAGCUGGGCAUCAGGCAGAGGCUGCUUGUGGCAGUGCUGACCUCACAGUCCACAUUGCCCACUCUGGGUGUGGCUGUGAACCGUACUCUGGGGCACCGACUAGAACGUGUAGUGUUCCUGACAGGUGCACGGGGCCGCCGGGCACCGCCUGGCAUGGCUGUGGUGACCCUGGGCGAGGAACGUCCCAUAGGGCACCUGCAUUUGGCGCUGCGCCACCUGCUGGAGCAGCAUGGCAACGACUUUGACUGGUUCUUCCUGGUGCCAGACACCACCUACACGGAAGCACACGGACUGGCACGCCUAACUGGCCGCCUUAGCCUGGCCUCUGCUGCCCACCUCUAUCUGGGCCAGCCCCAGGACUUCAUUGGUGGAGAGCCCACACCGGGCCGUUACUGCCACGGUGGCUUCGGGGUGCUGCUGUCGCGCACACUGCUGCAGCAGUUGCGCCCCCACCUGGAAGGCUGCCGCAACGAUAUUGUCAGUGCACACCCGGAUGAGUGGCUGGGACGCUGCAUUCUUGAUGCCACGGGGGUGGGCUGCACUGGCGACCAUGAGGGGUUACAUUAUAGCUAUCUGGAGCUGAGCCCUGGGGAACCUGUGCAAGAGGGGGACCCUCGUUUCCGCAGUGCCCUGACAGCCCACCCUGUACGUGACCCUGUGCACAUGUAUCAGCUGCACAAGGCUUUUGCCCGAGCUGAGCUGGAACGCACAUACCAGGAGAUCCAGGAGUUACAGUGGGAAAUCCAGAACACCAGCCGUCUGGCAGUUGAUGGGGAGCAGGCAGCUGCCUGGCCUGUGGGCAUCCCAGCACCAUCCCGCCCAGCCUCUCGCUUUGAGGUGCUGCGCUGGGACUACUUCACGGAGCAGCAUGCUUUCUCCUGCACUGAUGGCUCACCCCGCUGCCCACUGCGUGGAGCUGAUCGGGCUGAUGUGGCUGAUGUCCUGGGAGCAGCCCUGGAGGAACUCAAUCGCCGCUACCACCCAGCCCUGCGGCUCCAGAAACAGCAGCUGGUUAAUGGUUACCGCCGUUUUGAUCCAGCCCGUGGUAUGGAGUACAUGUUGGACUUGCAGCUGGAGGCCCUGACCCCCCAGGGUGGCCGGUGGCCCCUCACUCGCCGGGUGCAGCUGCUCCGGCCGCUGAGCCGUGUGGAGAUCUUACCUGUGCCCUAUGUCACUGAGGCUUCCCGUCUCACUGUGCUGCUGCCUCUGGCUGCAGCUGAGCGUGACCUGGCCCCUGGCUUCCUGGAGGCCUUUGCCACUGCAGCACUGGAGCCUGGUGAUGCUGCAGCAGCCCUGACCCUGUUGCUACUGUACGAGCCACGCCAGGCCCAGCGGGCAGCCCAUGCAGAUGUCUUCGCACCUGUCAAGGCCCACGUGGCAGAGCUGGAACGGCGUUUCCCCGGUGCCCGGGUGCCAUGGCUCAGUGUGCAGACAUCCGUACCCUCACCACUGCGCCUCAUGGAUCUGCUCUCCAAGAAGCACCCAUUGGAUACCUUGUUUCUGCUGGCCGGGCCAGACACGGUGCUUACUCCUGACUUCCUAAACCGCUGCCGCAUGCAUGCCAUCUCCGGUUGGCAGGCCUUCUUCCCCAUGCACUUCCAAGCCUUCCACCCGGCUGUAGCCCCACCACAAGGCCCUGGGCCACCAGAGCUGGGCCGCGACACAGGCCGCUUUGAUCGCCAGGUGGCCAGUGAGGCCUGCUUCUACAACUCUGACUACGUGGCAGCCCGUGGGCGACUGGCGGCGGCCUCAGAGCAGGAGGAGGAGCUGCUGGAGAGCCUGGAUAUGUAUGAGCUGUUCCUGCGCUUCUCAGGACUGCAUGUGCUGCGGGCAGUGGAGCCAGCACUACUACAGCGCUACCGGGCCCAGACGUGCAGUGCACGGCUCAGUGAAGAUCUGUACCACCGCUGCCGCCAAAGCAUGCUUGAAGGCCUCGGCUCCCGAACCCAGCUAGCCAUGCUGCUCUUUGAGCAGGAGCAGGGCAACAGCACCUGACCCUGCCCUGUGCUUGUGAGCCCAGGCACAGCCGCACCAUACCCUGCUCCUCCCCAACAACUGGAGCUAUCUUCCAGCCUCGCCGGACAGGGCUGGCCAUAAUCUCUUUCCCUAAGGCAGCCUACUGGUCCCCUCUCUCUGGGAGAGGUGCUGCCAGAGCCAUCCCCUUCUGACCCCAAAUCCAGUCUCCCUGCCCCCUUGACACUGCUGAUUCGGGCUGUGGCCUCUGUGUAUUUAUGCAGUACAGUCUGCCUGACACCAGCCCCACCUCAGGGUCAGGCCCUGGGGUCUGGGCUGUAGAUGAGCUGUUGAGAAAGGGGAAGCUGAGGGAGGAGGGAAGCAUCUCCCAACUUCUGGGCCCCUGAUGAAGCUGCCUGCCCUUAAUAAACAGGCUGAGUGUGGACUAGUGA